AUGGACUACAAAUCAACAACACUGGACAAAUCUUGCGGUGCUCUGUUUCUGACUUGGUUCACUCUUUCUGUUAAAGAUAGUUCUGGGGUUUAUGCUACCUUUGAUGAUAUGGUUAGGCCUCAGCCACUUGAUGAGAAGUAUCAUGCAGGGACCAUGCAUGGAAAACAUGACGCUCAAAAAUUUAUGAAGUUCACUCAUUUACCUCCUGUUCUCGGACUUCAGUUACAACAGUUUAAUUCUCAAGGAGAUGCAUGUAAGAUUAAUGAUAACUAUGAGUUCCCUUUAGAACUUGACCUUGAUCGAUGUGAUGGCAAGUAUCUUGCACCUGAGACAGACAAGAAUGUUCAGAAUCGUUACAUACUUCAAAGCGUUUUGGCUCACGUCGGUGAUGUGAAUGCUGGACACUAUUAUGCAUUUAUCAGACCUACACUCUCUGACGAAUGGUACAAGUUUGAUGAUGAAACUAUGACUAGAGCAGAUGGGCGGAAGGCUACAGAGGGGCUAUUCGGUGUCAAUAAAGAGGGAAUUACGGUAGCAAGCGCUUAUAUGCUCGUGUAUGUUCGUGAGGCUGAUAAGGACAAAAUAAUGUGUAGUGUGGGUAAGCAGGAUAUCCCACAGCAUCUACACGACAGAUUCUUGGAAGAGCAUACUAAGGCUGAACAUAAACCAGAGGCGAGGACUAGAAUCUAG